CGACAUAGUACAUCAUGGCGUCCAUAAGGCAUUUCUGUAGGUUCGCCAGAUCGUUGAAACCAAGCUACUAUUCGUCAAAACCAAUAAUACAGUCAACUCGUACAUUUUCAGUCACGAGUUGGCAUAGACAGCUAUAUGAAGAAGAAGAAAAACCCCAGUUUCCAGGAGCUAAGUCUGCCGGAUAUAUGAAGAAAUUAGAAUUUAUCAAACCUAACCAGUAUGAUGGCAUACCCACCUAUAGAGUAUUGAGUAGAAAGGGAGAGAUUCUAGAAGCUGAUCAGGAUCCAAACUUAGAUGAAGAUUAUGUUGUGAGAAUGUACAAAGCUAUGACUACAAUGAAUACAAUGGAUAAAAUACUCUAUGAAUCACAGAGACAGGGUCGUAUUUCAUUCUAUAUGACUAACUUCGGAGAGGAAGGUACACAUGUUGGUAGUGCAGCAGCAUUGGAUGGUGGUGAUCUUGUCUUUGGACAAUAUAGAGAAGCAGGUGUGUUGAUGUGGAGAGGAUUCAAAUUGGACCAGUUCAUGAAUCAGUGUUAUGGCAAUACUUUAGACGUUGGUAAAGGUCGUCAAAUGCCUGUACAUUAUGGAUCGCAAGAGUUGAAUUUCUAUACUAUUUCUUCACCACUUGCCACUCAGAUGCCCCAAGCAUCGGGUGCUGCCUAUGCAUUGAAAAGAGCUGGUAAAGAUUUAUGUGUAGUGUGUUAUUUUGGUGAUGGUGCCGCCAGUGAAGGUGAUGCCCAUGCAGCACUCAAUUUUGCUGCAACUUUAGAUGUACCUGUCAUAUUUUUUUGUCGAAAUAAUGGUUAUGCAAUCUCCACGCCAACCCAUGAACAGUAUCGAGGAGAUGGAAUAGCAUCUCGGGGUCAUGGUUAUGGUAUAUAUUCAGUGCGGGUAGAUGGAAACGAUGUUUUUGCUGUAUAUAAUGCUACUAAGGCUGCAAGAAAUAUUGCCAUUAAGGAAAGCCGACCAGUGCUGAUAGAGGCAAUGACAUACAGAAUCGGUCAUCACAGCACCAGUGAUGAUUCAUCAGCUUAUCGAUCAGUAGAUGAAGUUCACUACUGGGACAAACAAGAUCACCCAAUCAGCAGGCUUAGAAAUUAUAUGAUGUCCCAGGAUUGGUGGGAUGCAGAUAAAGAAAAGGCAUGGAUGGUAGAAACAAGAGAAAAUGUGAUGCAGGCAUUCCAGAAAGCUGAAAAAUCUCUGAAACCCAGUCCCACGGAGCUAUUUGCUGAUGUUUAUGAUGAGAUGCCCAAGAGAUUACAGCAACAACAUGAAGAAAUGAAACGUCAUGUGGAACAGUACAAGGAAUAUUACCCAAGUGAAAUCUAUGAGCCUUUCAGAUCAUAAUCGAAAUAAUGUGCUCUUAAAGCUCAGUUUGCUGUGUAAAAUUAAGCAGGCUACAAUGUAUGGCCUUGUGUGACUUCCCAUACUUAUGUGUGGGUGGGAAAGGGAAGGAGUACAAAUAAUCAUUUCUACUAAGUGAAAAAAUUGCAUAUUGAAGUGAAGAUUAUAACAAAGUCCACUUUUUAAGUUAACAUUAAUAUAUUUAGAGCCGUCGCGAAACAUUAAACUCAUACAAAUUCUCAUUGAAAAACUGAAUGAUUUUGUUCACAUUUCUUGAGCAUGAAUGUGGAACACAUGUCCACAUGCAGCUAGACAACUUGUAAAAUUCACAAUUACUGCAACAGACUUACCAUAUUGCAAGACAGUACAUUUAAACUGCAUAUUUUUCACUACAAUAUCAGAGUAUAUAAAUUAUACACAUUCUAUAUAUUCAGCAUUAUGCCGUAAAACCUUGCUUUAACCCACUGUAUACAGCCAUAGAUUUCAUUCAUAUGGCCACGACAAUAACUUGCAUAAUAUAUUUAUAUAAUUGUACAAAGAUGCACUUAGUGGGAGUGGCAUCCACAUGGGAAAUAAGUAUAAUGAAUUGUUAGCUGAGGCUUUUACUAUAAAAAGGUUUAUGUCGAUAUACUGUUAAGUGCAUGUUCUCAUGUGGUUCUUGCACCAAAUAACUUUGUGUUGUGUAAUCCUAUUUUGAACAAUUCACAAUAAAGUUUUGAAAGCUUGUGGAA